AUGCAUCUUACAGCUCUUCUUGCCGUCGGAGAAGUCCCAGCAAUAGUGACCGACUUGCUGAAGCUGAACCCUGGCAUCACCUGCCCGAAUCUCGAUACCAGCAAGUCUUACUGCGUGGUUGGUACCGCCACGGAUGAACCAACCCCAUCCACGAGCUCAACAACCACCGCCUUCCAGCUAACAACCACUUAUUCCGCUCCCAGCAACUCUCCCACUAUGCCCGGCAUUGCUUCCAACUGUGAUGGCUUCCACAAAGUCUCAUCCGGAGAUCAGUGUGAUACCAUUGCCAAGAAAUAUAGUAUCACCGAAGCCCAGUUCAAGAGUUGGAACAGCCAGGUCGACGCCAAAUGCUCAAAUCUUUGGCUCGACUACUUUGUCUGCGUACAUGUUCCCGGCGCAGUCACCACCUCGGCCCCCCAGCCAACGGCCCCCACUGGACCAACACCCCAUAUGCCUGGUGUUGUCAGCAACUGCAAGAAGUACCACCUGAUCAAGGAUGGUGAUAGCUGCUGGUCCAUCUACACGGAGGCGGGUAUUGCCUUGGCACAGCCCCCAUCGCAGGUUAAGGUGGUCGGUGGUUAA